AUGUAGUAGUAGUUGUUGCAAGAUAAAGUAUUAUCUUCAUCAUCAUCUCCAAGAUAAUCUUAAAAUAGUUGCGAGAGUUCAACAGAAAGAAUGAAUAGGGCAUAAACUAAUCACUAACAGCUUAAUCCAUAUCAAGAACAGCUAACAUUCAAAAACAAUAGCUUUUUUACAAAGGAAUAUGGGGCUGAUGAUAUUCAUGUGGACAAUAAAUAUUAAAAAAAGUAGAAUUAAUAAUAAAAUAAGUAAACAAAUGAUCUUCAGCUAAAAAAUGCUGUUAGCUAGAUGUUAGUAGAAGGUGAUGAACUUGAGUUAGUUGAGCUUGGUGAUUCUUCUAUUCUUAAAAAAAGUAGUAAUAUUGCACCACCUGCUCCAAAUCCAAGUUAAAUUGAUGGAAAAAAUUAAUUCAAAGAUAUAGCAACACUUUUUAAGAAUAAUUACAUCUUUUUAGAUGAAGAAAUAAAUAUUAAGUGUACAACAAGUUAGAUAUUAUCAAAAAAGGAUGAUUAUGAGGAAAGUGCAGCUACAGUUUAAAAGAAGCCUUAAAAUUAAUUUAUCAGACAAACUUAUAGCAAUGAUUUUGAUGAUAUUUAAGAAAGUCCUAAGAUUGGUAGAAAUAAUGAGCAAAAGUAAAGAUCGCCUUCAAAAGGGAAUAAUGACUAGUAAUUUGGAAGGUAAAUUAUGUCUGAAUAUAUUUGUCAAGAGAAAGAAGCAUCUCCUUAAGCUUCUAACACUAGAAAUCAGUAACAGUUGAACUAGACUACUCUUUUAACCAACAAUAAUGUAGGGACAGUCUUUUAAUAUGCAAAUUCUGUAUAUACAAAUAAUUAAAGUUAAGAAAAUAAUAUAUCAAACUAAGCUAUACAAAACAAGGUAGUGUAGAGUAGUAAAUAUACCAAUCCAAAUGACUCAAUAAACUCAUUUAGCUCAAACUAGCUUAGCUCUGUAGAUCAUUCUAAAGGUUCAAGCAAUUAAAGCAUUAAACUAGAAAAUAAUGUUUAAGAGGAAGAAUUUAAAAAUAAAAUUGGAUUAGAAAGCUUGAGUAUUCUAAGGUCUGAAGUAAACUAAUUUUUAGGUUUGUUGUAAAGCUAUAACAAUGAGAUAUUGGCUAGUCCUAAGCACUAAUAACUCAUUUUGUAAAAAUAAUAAUCACUAGAUGAAUAGAUUCAUUAAGAAUAAUAAUAGAAUCAAUCUCCAAAAAAAACAUAGGAACAAGAAUAAAACUUCUUCUAAAAAAAAAUGAAUAAAACUUUAGAUUAAAAGUUGAAGGAAGAAUACAAUUAAAAGUUGGGAGAAUAUCUUGAUGGCCACAAAGAAAUGUCAGAAUUUUUUGUAAAUACAACAAACGAAUAAAAAAAGUAAAACAAAGAAGAUAAAUACAAUAAUACUUAAGAUUACUAAUAGGACUUAUUAAUAAGAUCUAAGCUAUAAAUGAGUGAUUCUUAUGAUUAGAAUUAAAUUUUUUAAAAUAAGAAAUAAAUUGACGAAGCUAGCAAUAUAAUUCAUGGUGAUUAAACUUCAAAACAAUAAUAUAUUUAUGUAUAAAAUUAUUGCGAGGAUCAAUAAAGCCCGACUGGAAAUAGCGAUUACGAAUCUGAUACAUCUAACUAAAUACAACAGCAACUUUAUUCAUUAAGAAAGGCUAAAAAAUCAUUCAACUCAGCUAAUUUUAAUAAUCUUUCAAUAAUAUUUAGUGAAAGUGAAAAAUCUUCUCCUUUAAUACAGUCCAACUCUUCUCAAUCUUAAGAAAGUAGCUAAAUGCUUGGAGAUAAUAACAAAGAAGUUAUUGAGGAUGACGUUUUAGAAUAGAAAAGUAUUAUCGAAGAUCAAAUUUUAAACAGUUAGAACACUCAAGAUAGUCGAGAACUUCAAAAAAAUUAAUUAAACAGCAAGCAGCAAUGCUCUUUUUUUGAUUAAAAUAAUUCAUAAUUUUAAAACAACUUGUAAAAAAAUGAUCAUCCUUCUCAACAAUUGAAAGAAUCUUAAAAUAACAUGUCAAAGCAGAGCCAACAAAUCUGCAAUAAUAUCAAAGAAAAAAAUAAAAACUUUAGUUUUGAUGUUAAAAAUUUUAAUGGAGUAGCUGAAGAGCUAAUUAGAUAAUCUGAUAAUCUUUAGUUACAGAUUAACCAAAUUCAAAAUAAUUCUUAAAUUUAAAGAAAUAGUCCAAAUGAUUUGUAAGAAAGGUUAAAAAGCGCAGUAAGCGUAGACUCCUGUAAUACAAGCAUAAAUUUGGAAUACUGUAAAAAAGCUGAGGCUAACGAAAGCUUAGUCUAUUUAUAAGAAGCUUUUUAAUUAUGCUUAUCAGAUUUAAAAGGUUAAUUGAGUGUGGAUAUGUAUCAGCUAAUUUAACAGAAGCUAAAGUCUGUGCAGUAAGCUUAUCAUUCCCACAUAUAACUUGAAGUUGAGAAAACUAAUGUGCUUGAAAAGAAAAAUGAAAAUUUAAAUAAAAGUAACGAAAUGAUCAUGCAAGCUUUGUAAGCAACAAAAGAAGAAAUAAAAUAAUUAAUUUAGAAUUAUCAACUUCUCUCUGAAGACCAUAAUGAAUUACUAGAGUCAAACAGAGAAUUCAUGUGCAAAGAAUAGAAGCUUGUAGGAUAAAUAGAGAAAAUUGAAAAAGAGAGGUAGCAUUUAAAAUACUUAAUACUUGUUGCAAAUGAAAAGUAUGAAAAGAUGGAUGAAAAAUGUAAUUAGUUAAUUAAGAAAAACUCAAUUCUUAAUGAGUAAAUUUCAAACAUGCAAAAUCAGUUCUCAAAUAUAAAUUAGAUACUCAGAGAAGUGAUUAUCAAUCUUCAAGAAAACAAAGACUCUGAAAUUCACAAUAUACUUUAGAAAAUUUUGAAAGAGGCAAAUGAAAUGAUGAUCAUAAAAAAGGAUACCGAUUCUCUCUAUUCAAGGUACUCACACUACAGUCCUAAUGCCAGUUGCAGUGCUAAACAAACCUCUUUUAAAGAAGGCUCACUAGGAAGAGUUCAAAAGACAAGAAGUUCAUCACCUUAAAGGGAAGGAAUUUCACCACCUACUAAAUCUUAGAUUUAUAAUCAGGCAAAUAACUCGUUAUUGAAUAUUAGUUUAAAACAUAAAGAAAAUAAAUACAUAUAAUCAUAAUAAAAUUUAUAAGGGGUAGGAGCAGUUUUUUAAAAUAUUUCAACCAAUCAGACUAUUAAUUGCCAUAAUAAUUCAAAAAAAGUAAGUAAUAGCUAAUUUGAAAAUAAUAAAUUGAAUAAAUAGUCUGUGUAACAACCACAUCCUGCUUAACUAAACUAAAGUCUAGGCAAUAUUAAAUAAAAAGAAAAUAUAAAUAGAUAAAAAACCCCUCCUAAAAUAAUACAAAAAUAAGGUUUAACUUGCAGAUCCAAGGAAGACCAAAGAAAAAUAGAAGAAACUUACAGACAAAUAUUUUUAAAACAACUAAAAUAAUCAAAAAUAAAAGACAUAUCUAAUACAAGCAAUAACGCCAAGACUUUUAAUUGA